CAAAUAUUGCCUCCUCCACGGGUAAAUAUUCUAAAGAGUUUGGUUUUUUAUCUGUUAACAGCUUAAAUAUCAUGACACAGGCCGUGAACCGGACUGUUUGCCUCGAGUUGGCCAAUGGAACAUGAUCAACAAGAUGGAAGCUUGAGCACUGUUGAAACAUUAGCUUCUACUGCAAUAUGUGGUCUUAUACACUCCAUACUUGGUGGACAGCCUCUUCUCAUAUUGGGAGUUGCGGAACCGACUGUUAUAAUGUACACUUACUUGUAUAACUUUGCUAAAGGGAAGCACGAUUUGGGCCGCGAGUUGUUCUUGGCUUGGGCUGGAUGGGUAUGCUCUUGGACAGCUGUGUUGUUGUUUCUUCUGGCGAUUUUCAACGCGUGUGUUAUCAUCAAUAGAUUUACAAGAAUCGCAGGGGAAACUUUUGGGAUGUUAAUUGCUGUGUUCAAUGGCUUUACACUAACGGUUUACUGGCGAUCGUAUUUUCAUUUGGCCUUUUAUACACUGCACUAAAAAGCAGGAAGGUAAGAUCAUGGUGGUGCGGACCAGGUGGAUGGAUUGG